AAUCCAUCCAUCCAAUCCAUUUUCAUUUUGUCUGAUUCUAAAUAAAAACAACUGUUUAGUAAAUACCCCAACCAAGAUUUCAAGUGUUUUUCUCUUAAUGCAUCAAUAGUUUGACAAAUAACUAAUUUCGUCAUCCCUAUUUAAUACAUUUUGGCUUUCCUUCGCACAAUUCGCAAGGUUAACUUCUCCGUAAAUGGAAUGGAACUUUGAAAACUACAACUAAUCAUGGAUUCAAUGAGAAGAUCAUGGAAACUACAGGAAUUCGUCGCCCACAAGGCGAAUGUCAACUGUUUGGCCAUGGGGCACAAAUCCAAUCAAGUCCUAGCCACUGGAGGCGAUGACAAAAAAGUUAAUCUAUGGGCCAUUGGUAGGCAAAGCUGUUUGAUGAGUUUGAGUGGGCACACAACCCCAGUAGAAUGUGUGUGUUUUGGCCACUCUGAAGAUUUAGUCUGUGCUGGCUCGCAGACUGGAGCUCUGAAAAUAUGGGACUUGGAGGCAGCAAAACUACUCAGAACAUUUACUGGACAUAAAGGAGCUAUCAAGUGUAUGGAUUUCCAUCCAUACGGGGAUUAUUUAACUACAGGCUCUUGUGACAAUAAUAUUAAACUGUGGGACACAAGGAAAAGAGGCUGUAUUGUGACAUAUUCCAGUCACAGACUUGCUGUAAACAGUUUGCAGUUUAGCCCAGAUGGCCAAUGGAUUGCCUCAGCAUGUGAAGAUGGUAUUGUCAAAGUAUGGGAUGUAAGAGUGGGCAAGGUUCUGCAGGAGUUUAGAGAGCAUACAGCGGCUGUCACUUGUGUAAAGUUCCACCCCCACGAGUUCCUCCUGGCUAGCUGCGGUAUGGACAGGACUGUCAACUUCUGGGACAUGGAGAAAUUUCAAUUGGUAUCUAAGUUUGAAAAGGAGAACACUUCUAUUAGGUCUAUGGUGUUCAGUGACGAUGGCACAACUCUUCUGGGUUGUGGUAAUGAUGGUCUGCAUGUAAUUGGGUGGGAGCCUGCUCGAGUAUUUGACACUGUACAUGGCCACUGGGGCCAAACUCAUGACAUCACAGUUGCCCAUACACAACUUAUUGCUGGGUCAUUCCAUUCAACAUAUGUGUGUUUGUCAGUGGUUGAUCUCAAUAAGGUCCAUCCAUUUGGAGGGCCGCCACCAGUGACACCACCUGUGGUGCGAGAUUUGUCGCCCUUCCAAAAAGGACAGUCUGUCAGGAAAAGUUUCUCAAAGGAAAAACCAUCUAAAGAAGUGAUCCAUAAGUCAACCCCCCUGGAUGAGAAGACCGCGGAGGAGUCCAUGUCAGGCACCGAAGCGGACGAGGACGGCGCGGUCAUAUCCAACAUCCAUGACUACACAGAAAUCUUUCGGCCUUCCAGGGCAUUGAAUCGCACACCGCCACCAGCAACUAGUUUAUCCUCUGAAGACUACUCAUUGCCAGCCGAGGAGUGCAUGGGCAAGCCGGGCGCGGGGCUCAGCACGUCGCUGCGCGACCUGCUGCUCGACGAGCCGCCGCGGCCCGCGCCGCAGCCGUCGCCGCCGCAGCGGCACCGCGCCGACUACUCGCGCAUACCCACCUCCACUACCGGCAAGGCGGACCCCUUCUCAAGGCCGGUGGAGAGCAACGCUAAAGAGGAUAACACAUUCACAGCUCCGCCAAAGCCUGCCUCCCGGGACUAUGUCAUGCCCCAGCCUCACGCAGCCAACUCGCUUAACCGACAUAACUCAUGUAAAGAAUCUAAAACUACUGACAUGUCUGGGAACCUAUUAAGAUCCAGCAACAGUGAAAUGUCAUUAGUUCCACCGUCACUAGGACCACGGUCUCUUUCAUUUACCAGGACGUCUUCAGAAACAACAAGGCGACGAGUAGAUAAUAUAGUGAGGGAGACCGUGGUCGUCUCUACAGAUACGGAUGAGCCAGAGUUCGUGCCCUGCGCCACAGACAGGCCCGUCGGGUUGGAUCUCGACGAAUUUUUACCAAGGGCGCUAGCGGUGGGCGGCGCGCGGCGCGGCGUGCGCGGCGGGCCCGAGCCCAGCGAGCAGGAGGUGCUCGGCGUCAUGAUGCGCGGACACGACUCCAUGAUGGCCGUGCUCAGCGCCAGGCAGCGGGCGCUGCAGAUAUUCCAUUCAGUUCGAGUUAAUAAAAAUUUAAAAAUUGCCUUAGAAUCAGUAAUCGCUCUGGAGGAUACAUCAGUAAUUUUAGACAUUUUGAACGUCAUGGCGCAUAAACCGUCACUCUGGAAUUUAGACAUUUGCCUUUUAAUGCUUCCUAAAAUAUACGAAUUAUUGCAGAGCAAAUAUGAAUCGUACAUGCAAUGCGGCUGCAACGCCCUCCGGCUGAUCGUGCGCAACUUCUCGUCCGUGGUGCGCGCCAACGUGUCGGCGCCGGUGCGCACGCUGGGCGUGGACAUCCCGCGCGAGGAGCGCUACGCCAAGUGCGCGCAGAUCCACCGCCUGCUGCUCGACGUGCGCGCCUUCCUGCUCAAGCGGCAGACGCUGCAGGGCCGGCUCGGCGCCGCCUUCCGCGACCUACACACGCUCAUGCAGCAGGGGCUCGACUGACCGUCGCAAUCGCGUCCAGGUUAUAUUACAAAUUACAUACCAUAGA